AAAACCCUAAUAAAUGAUCUUCCGUACACCGAAAGACACCCUCGAGUAAGAAUAAAACCACCUUCUCGUUUCUUUCCCUUGACUUCAUAUAACACAGUUACUCCUCCACAGCUCUUCUUCCUUAGAUCCACAGCAAACUCAUAAAUCUCUAUCUACCUACGGGUUUCUUCUUACUCCGUGCACUCGCAUUCUUUCUUACUUCUGAAUAAAUCUAUAUUCUCCUUAUGUAAUAUAUUUUGUUUAUAUCGCGAAGGGGAUCAUCAUCAGCAUCUAUCAUUAUAUAUGAAUCACUACAAGAACUACGAAGCAGGGCUGAUUCCAUGGCCUCCCAAAAACUACACUUGCAGCUUCUGCAGGAGAGAGUUCAGAUCUGCUCAAGCACUUGGAGGUCACAUGAAUGUUCACAGAAGAGACAGAGCAAAACUCAGACAGAUACCUUCUUGGCUCUUUGAACCUCACCAUCACACACCUGUUCGCAACCCUAACCCAAGUCUUAACUCUUCUUCUUCUUCUUCUUCUUCUUCUUCUUCUUCUUCUUCUUCUUCAAUAACGCUAGCUCAUCAUGAGCCUUCCCUAAUCAACCAGAUCUCCAAAACGACUCCUUUUUCUCCUACCCGGUUCGAUGUUUUGGAUUAUACUACUAGCUAUGGAGGUUUGAUGGUGGAAAAAGAGAAGAACAACAGCAAUGUAUGUAGCAGAGAUCGCAGGAAUCGUGCCAUUGAUUCAAGUCGUGCUGCAAAAUGUGAGAUAAGUCGUGGAGAUCUGAUGAACAAGAAAGAUGGAGUCAUGGGGUUGGAGCUUGGGAUGAGUUUGAGGAAUCCAAAACAGGUUCUUGAUUUGGAGCUUCGACUUGGGUGCCUUUAAAUAACUUAAAUUAAUUAUUUAACUACAAGAUUAUGUGUAAGAUUGUAUGUAUAGCUGAG